CGUUUUGUUCCUCAUAUCCAAAAAGCCGAAACCGAGCAUCAUCAGAAGAAGAAGAUUCAGGUAGCUAAACCUGUACCGGAAAAGGAGAAGAACACCUACGAGGACGGAAUGGAGUGCGCCGGUAAGGGACGCGGAACUCGCUGCGUUGGCCCUCCAACGAGACGCUGUGGCCGCUGUGGCGCUGUUUCUUAUUGUUCCGUCUCUCACCAGAUUUCGCAUUGGAUUGAUCAUAAAGAAGAGUGUCAAAGGCUAGAGCAACAGAUGAAGCGUGCAGAUGACUUGAAUGAUUUCCCUUUCACUUUUACUCCUGAAGCUACACUUCUGCAGGAGAGUAGAUGUUCGUUCUUGAGCAAACGAGGCAUUCAUCGACUAGGGAUGUGGGUAUGUGAAUGCCGUUGUGGGGCAUCACUUGGUUCCUUCGAUUCUUCAAGAUCCGGGGAUGAAUGCUGGAAUCUAUCUAGUGAUCUAUGCCCAUGCCGCGGGCCUCCAUCUCCUGUAUCAAAGCAUUUAAGAAGCUGGCUGGAUUACUAUGAGUGGAGAUGCAUCCCAUUACAUUCACCUGUUGCUUUGGUUCUUCACUGGCCACUUACAAUUUACCAUGCUACUCAAGUUGCUUCUGUAAGAAGCUUGGCUGUUGAAAAUUGUGAAGAACUAUGCAUACACUAUCUUGGUCCUGAAAAAGAGAUUCUACAACUUGAUGCCUUCUGGGAGCUGCAAGCAUUUUUCCCUAACACAAAGGUUCAUAUACAAUUCAUUGGACCUGCAAUUCCAGAACAUAGGGAUGGCCAGAAAAUUGAUCUUUCCAGUUAUGCUCAUUGCUUGGAUAAAGAUUGCAUCUGCAGGUCCCUAAAUGAUAAUUUGAACAAGAUGGCGGUCACUGAUAAAUCCUCAAAUGUGACGCUACAACUCCACAGAGGAUAUUACCAUGACCGUUACAGAGAUUUCACAGAGGAUUCAUUUCCUGACUUGGUUAUUGCUCCAAAUGCUGGCAUUGCUGCUUAUCCAAGUUGGUUACCUACCAUUGAGCUGAUAAAUGAGAUGGGUGUCCCAGCGGUAUUCUCUGAUUACUGUGAAGAAGCUUGUCAUCUGGCGGAAUGCUGCAUAACCAGGGUAACUGGCCGUCCUCUUGCCAUUCCGAUUCAAAUAAAUCCUUUCAGGCAGCCACUGGUUGUAGAAGACAGUGCCCUUCUGCUUCCCUGCUAUUCAAAUUGCUUUCUAUUUGGGAUUUAAGUGGCCAGUUUAGAUUGGGGAAGGAUGGAUUCAACAGUCGGCGUGAACUUUUGACCAUGUCAAAUAACAGGAUUAUGCAGUGUUUCAAGGAUUUUUCAUUGGCUUCUUAAAGCAUGUUGCUUGAAUCCAAGGACUACGAAACUGAGAUUAUGUUUUACAAAUGAGACAUGUCCACGGAUGGAGCAAGCUGGGAGCCUGGCGACAUGUGGUUGGAUUGUAUGGUUAAGAGAUCAAGAAGGUUUGUGGCUGUAAUAUCCUGAUGUUCAUACAAUCCGGGCAAAGAUCAGAAACUUUUUGGCAAGGGUAAAUUGAAUUAUCAAUGGUCCUGCUCUGUUGGAGCAACUCAUAGUGUGGAAAUUUUGGAUUCUUCAGGAGAACUUGAGGAGUUUUGUGAAGCUUGUUGCCGGCUAACGGAAUCAGCUGCAAAUUUGUGAUAAUUGAGCCUAUUAUUAUUAUACCCUUAUCUUUCGCAUUGUGGAAGAAAACUACAAAGCUUCUAAACGAGAUUAUGUCUCUUCUGAGGAAAUCUCAGUGUCUGCUGCAAACUUGCAAUUAUUCCAUCCGUACUAUAAUUUUUAUUAUUUAUUUAUUUUUAUAUGAUAAUAAUAUAAAUUAAUUAUUAUAAUUUUA